GCGUCCAAUUACGGCUUGCAUUUUAGGAAAUGGGCUUUUGCAGAAGCCCGAAUAAAAAGACUCACAGUUUUGAUAUAUAGGUCAGUGAAUGUAGUUUGGAGAUAGGAUCUUCAUAAUUAGCGACCAUGGAUCGAACCCGGAAGCAAUGUUUGGUACUUACGUAUGCGAAAUAUUAUAACAAGAAUAUACUCUUGUUUACAGUUGAACACGGCUGUAAGAAAAUCCGUUAUCACAAACAUUAAGUCAUCCAAUAAUUUAGAUGUUACUAACCAAAGGUUGGUGAAGACGGAUACUCUCUUCAAUCAAGAGUAAAAAGAGUCAAGUGGACCUUCCUUUGCGCUUGAAGCAAGUAAGAUUACUGUUAGUAAUUGUUGGUUUUCAAACGAAGAAAUACACUCUUAAGGGUUUUGCUUUUCUAUUGUUUUCGCUUCGGGUCUUGCAAGGCUUAGUAGAAAAUUCUUCGUUUUUUUUCUUGUCCUCUCGUUUUUGCGGUAAGCUUAUAUAUAGUGUCACAAUACGUGAUUUCUUCGUUUACUUUAAUUGAUUGGUUUCAUGCAAAACUAAUAUACUCGAAGACUAGAACUACCAGAGGAAUUCGACGAGUUGUCAAAAGUCUCUUUUUGAAAGUACUUAAAAAAAAUAUGAAAAUAGUGUAUUAAUUUUUGGAACGUCAAAAUGAAAGUUUUUUAUAAACACAGGUAAAGAAAUUAAAAGCGAAAUUUUCGGAUCAAGAACCGAGAUAACUAAUAGUCAAAAAUUUUCGAGAUUGAAACAUUGGUACAUGUUGGACAAUGGCGUUAACAGCCUUAGCCAUAAUCUUUUGCUUCAGGGGUGAGAAACCGUGGUAAUGUGACGAAAUUACACCAAUUGUGUUAAACUGUGAUAAUUUUUAUCGAAAAAGCAAAAGAAUCAAAGUUUAGUUAACUUAGUUGAAGAGGUGAAAAUCACUCGGAAUGAACUGCGGAGUGAAAAUUGACAGAAAAAUUAUCAACAUUUCGUUGGAGCCCGAGAUAUAAUAGAUAAAUUAUUUGCAAUCAAAACUCAUUGUUGAAGUACUAAAGUAUUGAAAAAAUGCAAAUAAAAUCCAAACUCAAGACAACUUACCACUCAGGAAAAACUUCUGAAAAAAUCACAAAUACAUGUAUAGUGAAUCAAAUUCAAACUUUAUUAAAAUUGCAAAUUGUUUUGAUAUAUUUUCAUCUAUUUUAGAUAUUGCCAUUGGUAAUCGAUAAAGAAAGAUAUGUUAGUUUCAAAACGCGUAACUUGUGUACUUUUCUGUUAUGUUUGUUGUGGUCUAUUAUUUCUUCAUUGGUUAAUGAUUAUUACUUAAUAAGUUUUUUAUUUCAAUCAGUUUCAUUUAAGCACAUGUACCAGAUAUUGUAUUUCAUAUUUCAUCACUAUAAGUUGCUGUCGACACCACCAAUUUUCUCUGCUAUUCAUGUACGAUCCGCUAUCGGCAAUUCAUCUACAAUCUUUAGGAGCUAGACCAAAGUAAGUUUUUCUUUAUUUCACAUUUAAGAUAUUUCCUUUUUUUUUUUUUUUGGAUACGUACAUUGAUUUAUUUCUCGCUUUCAGUUCACCUUAUAAUUGCCUCAUUGUUAAUUAGGCUAGUGUUACAUUUCUCAGGGAUAUUUUCUUAGUUUAGUUUCUGCUGCACUUUCUUUUAGUUCGAACCACACAAAUUCAGCUACAACGUUACCAUCAAUCAUUACUAUGCUAUCUUCAAUCCUACUUCUCCCUCUUCAUCUUUGAUUUCACACCGAUCUCCUUAUUUUCGUUUGUAAUUUUGAUUACGUACUUUGAUUUAUAUUGUGCAUUUGGAUUGUCUUCUCCGCUACACUAGUAACCUUUGAAGGUUACAAGAUAUAUUCAGUUUUAUCAAACAAGUACUAUUCUCCAAGACUACUCUUUGAUUUUCUUGAGUCUCAAUCAAAUUUCCUCUAUACCGCUAAUAUUCACAAGUGCACAAAGGACAAAUUUAAAGGAAGACCUGACUGUAUGUAUGUAAAAUAUCUGAAGCCAUAAAGGAGCUCAGUAAAUAUUUAGCCUCUCAUAAUCAUGACAGUAAUGGUAUUGCUGAAAGUGUUUAUUUGAGAACUUGGCUCAGUGCCCAGUGAUGUGUGCAACUUCCCUUCAGAGGUCCUUUCUGCCACAGAUUUUGCCCAAUAUAGUUUGUUCUGAGACUGAAAUAAAUCAGGGUAUAAUUCACCCAUGGGUAUGGACAAUUUGGAAGCUAUUACAGUGAAACUCAGAGAACCAUUAAGACUCAUUUCUGACUUGUCUAUUAUGUGCAAAAGAAAACCAAUCAGAUAAAAGAUAGCUAAAGUGCAGCCCGUAAUGUUACUCACUUUUAUGGUUAGUGGCUUCUUCUUGUAGUUGGAUCCCCCGUCUAACUGGUUGAAGAACAAUAAACACCUGAUGAACAUUCCAGAAAUAAUUCUUAUUGUUCAGUUUUGUGUCAAGUUGCACAGUAAAAUUAAACAGGGUUACUUGGACAAUCAAAGUAGAAGCAUUCAAUUGACAAUUGUAUUCUGUAGAGAUCAAACUGAAAGUGUUCAUGAAUGGAAGUGAAUGGCUAAUAUAUUUCUGAUUCCCAUGUUUACUAGUCUAAGAAAAAAACCGCGUUGACUCUGUAAUACAUGUAUAUUGUUUUCCUAAAUAAUAUGAAAUUGUUUUAAUUUUCCAAGUGGUUUUGAUUAUUUCAAUUGUAAUUUUUGUCCCUCAGAAUAUGAAGCCAAGUUCUAUAAUUGUGUUCUUGGUAUUGGCAAUGCUAACCAGUCAGGCAUUUUCCUGGUGGAGCUCAUCCAGAAGACGACGAGCUACAGUCCCCACAAGCUCUGGGUCAAGGUUUGUGGAAAUAUCAACCUUACCAUAAACAGUGAUGAUGAUGAUGACAAUAAUAAUAUUUACUUAUUUCUGCCAUAAUUAUAAACAAUGUUUUGGGAUGUUGAUGUUACAUGUAUGCCCAGUAGAAUUUCCCCAAAAUGUGAAAGGUGAAUCUUUGAGUGUUAAUCAAGUCAAUUUUUAUAUGAAAAUCUCCUAAAUCUUACGCCAGAAGAUUUCCCAUUACUUAGUUUGCACUUGAAUAUUAAUAUAAAUCCACAGCCCCCAGUGAACUCUUUGGUGGAGUUUAACAGGCCUGUCAAAAAGCUGGCAUUUAGCACAACUCAAAAUGACAAAAUUCAACUCUUAAGGUGAAUGACCAAAUUUGCUUAUGAUAAGUUGGUAGAAUUCAGUUAUAUUGAGUUAUUAUGGCAUUUCUUGAACCAAUAUUAGGUGGGUUGCACUGCUUUCUAGUACUUUCCAGCUCUUGUACUCAACCAUUAUUUUUAGGUUAGAAACACCAUAAUUUUAGCUUUGAGCAACAAUUAUUCAAAAACAAGCUACCACUUUUUAUAACUUGCCACGAAAUAACUAACUAAAGCAUAAUAACAUACAACUUUCUGUGCAGUCAAAAAAAAAAAAAAUGGUAGGAGUAGAUUCAAAGCCUCCUUAAAUUUUCAAAAAGUCCAAGUGGCUCUCAAUCCACUCCUAUUAACUGUGCAGAAAGUUGUAUGUUAUUAUGCUAAUGUAUAAAAAAUGGGGAGUCACUGAGCCCUUUGUUAAGUUAUUGCCACUUAAAGCUGAGAUAAGGGUGUUUAUAACCAAUUAAAGUGUUUCUAUGGUAACCUAUUAUGUCAAAAAAAGUUUCAUAACUUGUUCACCUUUGGUAAUUGGCGAUUUCUUUGAUACCAUUAUAAAAGUUUACUUGCUUAGGCUUGUUCAUAAUUAUUGAAAAAUAACAAAGUUAUCAUGUGAUAAUCAGGAGUCCUUUAGGCAAGUGUCAUUCUGCUGCAUUAAUUUAUGAUUUAGUCCUGCAGGGGGGCCAAGUCGCAACCCAAAUGCUGUGGUGUGCACCUCAUACAGAAGCAGUAAUUCCAUCACAUGUAAAAAGUAGGUGAUCUGUAGUUAUUAAUUACAAGACUUAUAUAUCCAAUGUUUGCAUUACACAUGUUGACAGUUAUUACAAGUAACCCCAUUGAAUUUUAAAACUGCACAUGUACAAGAGGCCAAAAAAAUUAAUUUCAUUUCACAAGCAAACUUGCAACUACUAUUGGCAAGUUGUGAUUAGUAGGUUUCACUCAGGAAUUCAUUUGGAAGUUGGAAUGACUGGUUUUGUGCAAUCAAAAUAUACAGCAUCUCACAGGAGAUUUCUGCUCAUGCAGUGGCUUUUAUUUGAAUAGACAUGCAUAAAUGUAUUGUUUAUCACAGGUUAUCUGUUGUGUGCACACAACAAAUAUUGAGUGCACAAUGGCCAUAUUUACAUGGUGUCACAAUGUAUAGAAAAUUGCCUAAUUGUAACUGUAAGAGGAUGUGACAGAUGUCACAAUUCGAUGCCUGUGUAAGUUACUUGUAACUGCACCAUCAAAGCCAGUGAGAACAGAGAAAGUGAACACAAUGCACAACGAGGUAUACCAGGAUGUAAGGCAAGGACUGAUUAUUUAAAAAUUCAAAAGCUUUUAAGACAAAGUGUUAAAAAUUGAUUAUGUUAACUGAAAAAUCUUCAUCACCUCUUUCUUAAACAGGAGUGGAAGUUCAGUGACCUGUACCACACACCCACCCACAGAGACAAGAGAUGACCAAUAUGGAGGACCCACCCCUCGCGGAGAGUACCUUAUUGGCAAAAGGUACACACACUCAACGGGAAUUGACUGGUACAAUCUGUACCCCAAGAAAGAGGACAACUCUGGUUACUAUGGCUACUGGCAACGCACUCAAAAAGGGCGCAAUACCAUGGGCCUGCAUCCUGGAACACGCAGCUUAGGCUGUGUUACAGUCAAGAAAACUUGCUGGCAGCAGAUUCGCUACAUCAUUGACAGUGGGAGCAUGCAGUACCGUGGUUCAGGUUACAGUGGAUUUUUGUACGUGAAAUAAAUGAGCAAUCUGCUGGAUGUUAAAUUAGGACAAGCAGUGUAAGCAAAAGGCAUAUCUAAGGUAGAUGUAAUGCAUUAACUCUAUUAUGAUUAGGUAUUAAGUAUUAGGUGUGGUGUUAAGGUUGUUUAGUACAUACCUGGUUGUUGAUGUUAUUUUGACAGCAAUUUUAGCUAAGAUUUAUCAGCAUUUCCUCUACAAUUUUGUUGUAUAAGGGUAAGCAAAUUUAGAUGAAUCACAGACUGUGUAAAUGUAGCAAAAAUCGCUGUCAGUUUAAGGAAGGGAUUCGAAAUUGAAGCCUUUAAGGUAGUAUGUAAACAGCUUUUUAGAAAAUAAUUGGCCUUGAAGUGUAAAAAUGCAUAAAUUGAAGAAUAAACUAUUAAAGCAAGAGCAUUUUGAAUCAUGACCAUGAUUUCUUCUUACCUUCUUGCCUCUUCUCGUCUUCAGUUCAGCAAUAGAUUACAUCAUGACUAACACUGGCUCAGGAUAGAAAGAGAACUGAUUUGUGUAAUGUGUUUAAUUUGAUCCUUUACUUUUCCAUCAAAGCCAUGGAAAACAGAAAUAAAUUUUUGCCCCUUUUCAAGAGGAUUUUGCCUUUUCAUGCAAUGGGGACCAAACAAAAUCAGUGUAACAGUCAUAUAAAAUACAAUACAAUAGC